CCCAACUCUACAUUUUGAUACCCCCUAUUUAUGUUUAGUUCCACUAUUCUAUAUAAAUGGAGUAAAAAGAUUGAUAGUAAUAUCACUUAAGUACUGUGAUACAGAGUGUUUAACUCUGGUUUUUCAAAAAAAAAAACUUGAGAUUUUCAGUCUUUUUAUAAAUAUAACUCCUUGGCUCCUUUCUUUCAAUUACAGAAAUAAUAUCAUCUCAAAAUAUAUAUAUCGUUUCUUCAACAACUCCUCAAAUGGCAGAAGAAGAGAAUAUGAGAAGACACCUUGUGCUGGUCAAACCUUUUUCCCUGGAAGAUGAGAAAUAUUCUGAGCACACAGCUUCGAAUGUCAUCCGCAAGAUCCUCAGCCUCAUUAAGACCGUACGCCCAGGGUCUGAUCUCACCAAUUUUCAGCUGCCACCUCAGCUGAACUUACCAAGAUCACAACUCCAAAGUUACGGCGAGAUGGUCUACAGCUUCCGCGGUAAGGAUCUGCUUGGGGAAUGCAGCCGUCGCGAUCUUCCCAUUGAACGGUUCAAAUCGGUGGUGACAUGGAACAUCUCCACACUCCGUCCGGUGGUUGUUGGCAUGUCUCCGUACAACCCUGUUCUCGGCGAGACUCACCAUGUCUCCAACGGUCACAUCAACGUCUUGACCGAACAAGUAGUGCAUCAUCCACCGGUGUCCGCACUUCAUGCGACUCACGAGAAGGAAAAGAUUGACGUGACAUGGUGUCAAUAUUUCACUCCUAAAUUUCGUGGCACUUACGUGGAUGUUGAGGUCAAAGGUAAAAGGGUUAUGAAGCUUCUGAAUCGCAAAGAGACUUAUCAUAUGGACCAGCCGAGACUAGUUAUGAGAUUCUUACCGGCGCCGGGAGCUCAUUGGGCCGGAAAAGUUAAGAUAAAGUGUCCGGAGACUGAUCUCGAAGCUGAGUUACAUUUGAUUUCCGAUUCCUUCAUCGAAAGGUUCAGAGGCAACAACAAUAGAUCAAUCAAAGGAAAGAUCUUUCAAUCUUCCUCUCGUGAUCAGCUCUACGACAUCUUUGGCCAUUGGGACAGGUAA